AUGAGCAGAAAAUCUUCCUCUACUGCGAGGCCAAAAGUUUUCUCUGCUGCUGCGCCAGCGGCACCGUCAGUGACCGCCUCGACGCACAAAUCGUCAGUGCUGAAGUCUGCCUUCGCACCGUCGCAAUUCCAACUGCAUCUGUUUGCAUCGGUCGUCCAGAGCUUCGACUCGAAUCAACUCCGCAUCCAUGAUACCACCACUGGACGCUUGAGGUGCCAGCACGACUCCGGGCCUGGGUCCAGGGUUACCAGUCUUGAUUGGGGCUACUACGGCACGACCUACCAAGAACAAAAACAAACUCCCUCAAAAAAGAAACGCAAGCGUCAUCAGGACUCAAGUGAAGCUGCAGUAGUGGCCUAUGGAACCAGCAGCUCAGAGAUCUGCUUCUUCUCGCCUGCCGAGGGCAAGAUAGUCGGCACACUAGCCGGUGCUCAUGAAAGAGGCAUCAAGGACUUCAAAUUCUCUCCUUCAGAGUACAAGGAAGGCUGGAGCAUCGGCGAAGAUGGAAAGUUGGUACAGUGGGAUCUCACCACCUCCCAGAUAACCAGGACAAUAUCCCUUCCGGACUCUGCUGUAGCCGUGCUGGCCACACCUUCGGUCAAGCCUCCUCAUAUUCUUUGCGCAUCAUCCACUCCUUUCGCCGUCACACUUGGGUCUCUUCAAGACUUUCAUCUUGAUAGAUACGACUCCUUCAAAAAUAACAUCCAUUCUUUAGUGCGAUCGGAAGAUCGUCCCACAGAACUCACCGAAUACUUUCUCGCCGCAGACACAGAACGAUACAUAAACAUCUAUGAUAUCCCACAUAAGAGACUGGUCCGAACCUUGGUUGCUGGCAGUGGAGUGGUCGCUGUUGAGCUCUCUCAUGGCUCCAAGGAUUUCCCAUCCGGGUCUACCCAACAAAUCCUAUCGGCAGUGACAAAAGAUGGCAAGGUUGAGUUAUUCAUUGAACCGUUCGAGGUGGCCAAGCAGCUCAAUGGGGAUCUGAAAUCCAGCAGGAAGAACCUCGCAAAGAAGGCUUCAGCUCAUGUACAACUCGUUAAUACUAGCAGCGAAGAAAAUCAAGUCCCCAUAGUCGCAGCCUCUUUGCAGGGUCCAGACUUGAUCUUUGUUUCUUCUGAAGGUGGGGUUGAUCUCAGCUUUCAAAAGAUCCGGUGGCGAGAUGAAGGAAACGGAGAGCUUCUCUUCGAUGGUGUGAAACAGGUCGUCAAGGUCAGCAGCGCAUCAACGCUCAACACUGCUACCCUCAACGGCGUCAAGGAUAUGGGCAAGUCACUUGUUGAUGAAUCAAGAGCGGUCGUUGUCAACGGUACUGCUGGAGGACCCCAUUCCGAUGCCAUAGAAAUAUCGAGCAGCGAGGAAGACAAUGAAGAAGACUCGGCAGACGAGGUCGAUGUGAAGGACAUGAAUUCCGAAGCGGACUCUGGCGAUGGAUCAGACGAAGAGAUGGCGGACGCCGACAGGGGUGAAGCCCUCGAGGCUGAGGAUGAAGAGAUGCACGACGGUGCAGCGUCUGAACACGAAUCAACUGCCGAAGAACCGACAUUCGGCGAGUUGCUUGCUUCGAAACAUCCCAAUACAAUAUCAAUCGCCGACAACCUCACACUGCCAGAUACUCGGAUCUCCAUCAGCGGAAGGGAUGGGGUACCAAUCAUUCCCUCGGGGAUGUCUCUGGGCACGGUCUUGACACAGUCAUUACGAACGAACGACCAAAAUCUCCUGGAAGCGUGCCUCCACACUCUCGACAUCAACAUCGUCAAGAACACAAUACAACGUCUCGACAGCUCACUCGCAGGUAUUCUCCUGUCCAAACUCGCGGAGCGCCUGGCCAGUCGUCCCGGGCGAUACGGGCACCUCAUCACUUGGGUCCAGUGGACCUGCAUCGCGCAUGGCGGUGCCAUUGCUGCGCAACCUGACGUCGCUGCAAAAGUGAGGACGCUCUACCAGGUCCUGACCCAGCGGUCCCGAACACUUGAUGACCUCCUCCUUUUGAAAGGAAAGUUAGACAUGCUCGAUGCGCAGCUAAGUUUUCGCAAACACCUCGCUGCCCAAAGACCGCCGAGACGCGACGGUCAGGAUGAGCCAGGCAUGAUCUACAUCGAGGGCGACGAGAACUGGGACAGCAGCAGUGGGGACGAUCUGGACGAAGAUGUGUCACGUCCGGUGAAGAAGCUCGCCAAUGGGAGAAGACAAGCGAAGGCCACGAAGCGGGGACUCGAAGACCUCAUCGGGGGUGACGAGUCUAGCGACGUUGAGGAACCGCUGGCGCUGGAGAACGGUGAUAUCGAUUCAGAUGACGAGGAUGAGGAUGAAGAAGAUGAAGAAGGGUUUGUUAUCAAUGGGCAAAGCCAUGGUCUACUAGACAAUGAGGCCGAGGUCUCGGGGGCGGAGGUCUCGGAUCCCGACGAUGAGGGUGAUGAAGGCGCUGAAUCGUCUUCCGACGAGGGCUCUUCCGCUGACGAGGAAGAGGAUGAAGACGACGAAGAAGAUUCUGAGAUGGACAGCUUCAUCAACGACGACUCGAUCUCGUUCGCAGAGGAUGAAGACGACAUUCACAUUUCUGGAGACGAAGAUGUAGACAUCGAGGACGAGGACAAGGGAGACGCAGCACCCUUCACUGAUCCAGUCGUGAAACCAGCGAAGCACCAGAGGAGACUUCAAAGUUCUCCCGCCGCCACGAAGACCAGCAAAGAUCAAAUGAAGAGUAAGAGCUCGAGGUCCAGCUAG